UUGCCGAUCGCGAACGUGAGCCGCAUCAUGAAGCGGUCGCUCCCCGCGAACGCGAAGAUAUCGAAGGAAGCCAAAGAGACGGUGCAGGAGUGCGUGUCGGAGUUCAUCAGCUUCGUGACCGGGGAGGCCUCCGACAAGUGCCAGCGCGAGAAGCGGAAGACGAUCAACGGCGACGACCUCCUCUGGGCCAUGACCACGCUCGGCUUCGAGAACUACGUCGGCCCGCUCAAGACUUACCUCAACAGGUACCGCGAGACGGAGGGCGAGAAGAACGGCGCCGUCGCGUGGCAGGGCGACCAGUCCCCCGCCGAAGACGGCGGCUGCGGCAGCGGAAGCAGCGGAGGAGGCCGUAUGAACCCUGACUUCAACCACGCCGUCGGUAGCAGUGAUCACGUCGCUAUGAUGGUCUCGGGGUUCAACGGCGCCGGGUUUUACGCGACCGGGCCGGCCCCGGUGGCGGGUUCGAACCCCUCCGUCGGGGUUUAUCAUGAGAUGGGUAGGGUGCAAAAUGGAGGGGGAGAUCAAGGGAGCAAUACUAUCCGUGGAAUUCAAUGGCAGUAGCUAUAAAUUAAAGCUGGGUAUUAGUAUUACGCCAUGCACGUACGCAGACAUUUUAAUUUGUUACUUUGUUGUUUUGUUUUGUAUUGUAUUGUUUCCUUCACUAUUAAUUUAGUAAGAGUUUUGAGACUAUA